AUGUGGGGUAUGAAUCAUCAUCACCGUUCGUCUGCUCCUGCGGAUCCAAAAUCGCACACCACUCGUCCCAUUGUCACCGGCGCUUCCGUCUUGGGCGUCAAGUACAAUGGUGGAGUCAUGUUGGCCGCGGAUACAUUGCUCUCGUACGGAAGCAUGGCCAAGACCAUGAACGCGAGUCGUUUGAUGGAAAUUGAUCAAACGCUGAUUGGCGCAUCGGGCGAGUACUCGGACUUUCAAGCCAUUCAAGAGAUGCUCGAAGCCAAGUCGCUCCAGAUGCAGAGCGGUCUUUUGCAGGAACGCGAAGGAGACGAGCCUCCCAUGACGGCUCGCAGCAUGUGGAACUAUUUGCGUGUUGUCAUGUACCACCGACGCAACAAAAUGAAUCCUCUUUGGAAUUCCGUGGUGGUGGCUGGCAAGGACGGCGCCACUGGCGAGUUCUUUUUGGGCAAUGUGGACCGUUUGGGAACCACCGUAGAAGACAACAUUAUGGCAACUGGAUUCGGAGCCUACAUGGGAGUUCCCUUGCUGCGUGAAAAAUGGCGUCCCGAUAUGGACGAAGGGGAAGCCCGUGCCUUGUUGGAAGAUUGCAUGAAGGUCUUGUAUUACCGUGAUUGUCGUGCUGCCAGCCGCAUUCAAUUGGCCAAGGUCAGCGCUGACGGUGUCUUGAUCAGUGAGCCCUAUGAACUCGAGACUAGUUGGGCUGGAAGCACGGACUACAUCCCUUUGAAUACGCCCUUGGCGCUUCCCUAG